AUCAUUAAUUAACUAGUAGCAAAUAAAAAAGUACAUUUCGUUAUCUUAAGCUCCCGCUCUCCCCAAGGAAGAACAAGAAGAAUAAUGAGUCGUGUGUUCGUCGUCAUCACUGCUCUCAUCGCCUGCUUUGGCGGAGCGUUGACUUUCAACGGCGAUGAUAACCCAAUCAGGCAAGUAGUUUCCAACGAGUUGGAGAGUCGAAUUAUUCUCCAAGUAAUUGGCCAAACUCCCCAUGCUCUCUCCUUCCUUCGCUUUGCCCGCAGGUAUGGAAAGAGAUACGAGUCAGUUGAGGAGAUCAAGCAGAGGUUCGAGAUAUUCUUCGACAAUUUGAAGACGAUUAGGUCUCAUAACAAGAAACGACUUUCAUACAAACUUGGUGUUAAUGAGUUUACUGACCUAACAUGGGAUGAGUUUAGGAGACAAAGGCUAGGAGCUCCUCAAAACUGUUCUGCUACCACAAAGAGCAAUCUUAAGCUCACUAAUGUCGUCCUACCAGAGACGAAAGACUGGAGGGAAGCAGGAAUAAUAAGCCCAGUGAAGAAGCAGGGCAAGUGCGGAUCUUGCUGGACAUUCAGCACUACUGGUGCUCUGGAGGCAGCAUAUGCACAGGCAUUUGGGAAGAACAUCUCACUGUCUGAGCAGCAACUCGUAGACUGUGCUGGAGCUUUUAAUAACUUUGGGUGCCACGGCGGGCUUCCAUCACAGGCUUUUGAGUACAUUAAAUACACCGGUGGUCUUGAUACUGAGGAAGAAUAUCCUUACACUGGAAAGGGUGGUGAUGGUGUAUGCAAAUUCUCGUCAAAAAAUGUUGCUGUCCAAGUCCUUGAUUCUGUCAAUAUUACCAAGGAUGCUGAAGAUGAACUAAAAUACGCAGUUGCAUUUAUUAGACCGGUUAGUGUAGCUUAUCAGGUGGUAAAAGGUUUCAAAGAGUACAAGAGUGGAAUUUACAGCAGCACUGUGUGUGGCAACACUCCCCAAGAUGUGAACCAUGCUGUUCUUGCAGUGGGAUAUGGUGUUGAAAAUGGUACUCCAUAUUGGCUGAUCAAGAAUUCAUGGGGAGCAGAUUGGGGUGACAAUGGAUACUUCAAAAUGGAUAUGGGAAAGAACAUGUGUGGUAUUGCAACUUGCGCAUCAUACCCUAUUGUUGCUUGAGUUCCCUCAAUCUGAUCAUGUUCAUGUUGGCUAUGUCACAAGUAUCCUCUCUCCAGGGUCAGAUUUAUGUUCAAAGACAGAUGAAGGGUUCUUUAUACUGAAUUGACAAUGAUUCUUGUCCAUGAAAGUUCUCUCUGUAAAUAUUAAGUGGAGAUUACUGCAUUGUCAAAGUUAUCAAUGAACUGAUUUGCUUGGCAAAAUAA